AUUUUAUAUCAAGCGAUUCAGUAACUCCCAUGAUCCUCUGCAAGUGAAAUCGCGAAGUCUCCGCUUUCCCUGUGAAUAUAUUUCAAAAGUUGUUAGGAAAAUGUGUGUCUUUACGGCUGUUCUGCGUGUCGCAACGGAUCGGACAGCUUUUACCAAGUAGGAGCGACUAUUCGUAAACAGGAUGGUGCGCGAAACUCGCCAUUUGUGGGUCGGAAACCUUCCGGAAAACAUCAGGGAAGAAGAAAUUGUCAAGCACUUCACCAGAUAUGGCCGGGUGGAAAGCGUUAAAAUAUUACCAAAACGAAGCCAGGAAGGCGGAAGGGCGGCAUUCGUCGAUUUUGUGGAUAUUCGAAGCGCUACCAAAGCGCACGAGGCUGUGAACAGAAUCGGAGACCGUGAAAUGCGUACGGAUUACAAUGAACCAGGCAGUGCGGGGAAUAUUUCCCGGCUGCACGGGCAUACAGACCCGCCGACAAGAACUAAGAGUAACUCGGCUCCUGGAUCGCCGGUACAAAGACGGCGAUUUGACAGACGAGCAGAGGGUAGUGCAUCUGACGGGAGGUACAGUGGCCGGCCACAGACUUUUUACCAAGAUGGAUACGGUGAUGAUGAGGGUGCAGCCCCAAGGGCACCAGCUGGAGGUGGAAGUGGAAGUGGAGUCAGUGCAAACAGAGCCAGGCCUCGUAAUAGUAGAGAUCAUCGAAGACAGCCUUACAGCCAUGGUCAAGAACCUCGUAGAACUACUCAUAAACCUGAAGCAUAUCGGGAUCAAGAUCCCAGUCCAGAUCACUCCAGCGGUAGUGAUAGUGGCAGUGAAAGUAGCCACAGUAGAAGUCAGUCACCCAGUUCAAGUGGUAGCAGUAGCAGUGAAGAAGAAGAAGGCAGUAGAACUGAAAGUGUCCAUGCACCCGCUCCAUCUUCAGAAGCACCACAAAGCAGAACCUCCGCACUCUGUUUGAGGAAUAUUUCGUUGCGAUCAGGAGAUAGCAGUGUCCAUGAUGGCCUUUAUCAUGAGUUUAAAAAGCAUGGGGAUGUAUCUCGUAUAUUUGUGAAUGGUCAAGGCUCCAGCCGAUAUGCUAUUGUGCACUUUAGAAGGCCUGAAGAUGCUGAGCGAGGUCUUGAAGCAUGUCGUGGAAAGAUGUUCCUUGGUGCUGAGAUGGAUCUGCAGUAUUGGCAUGAUGACCGUUAUGAUAGCAGUGAUCAUCCUCCACGCCAUCGCUCACAUGGCAGUUCUAUGGUAGAUGAUGAUUUUGAUCCGGGCUGCACUCGAACUCUUUUUGUGGGAAACAUUGAAAAGACAACAACAUUUUCAGAUCUUAAGGAGGCAUUUGAGAGAUAUGGAGAGAUUGUGGAUGUCGAUAUUAAGAAACAGGCUGGUAACAAUCCCUAUGCCUUCAUCCAGUUUGUUGAGCUCAGCAGUGCUAUCCAAGCUCGCAGGCGGAUGGACAGAGAAUUUGUGGGACGCAACAGAGUCAAGGUUGGGUUUGGCAAGGUGUCACCCAUCAACACCAUCUGGGUGGGAGGGCUGAGUGGGUUGAACGACCAGCAGAUUGAGAGACACUUCAGUCGAUAUGGGCGUGUCACCAGGGUGGUGGUGAACCGUGCUAGAGAACAGGCCCUGGUCAGUUUUGACAGUGUCGAGUCUGCAAGCAUUGCCCAAGGAGAAAUGAAGGGCAGGACUAUGUUUAGUCGGCGUGUGAGGGUUGAGUUUGUUAGCCGCGACAGUCGCCAACUUUUCUUCGACGCCUUGGGGCGUUCCGCUCCAUCUGAUGGCAGCAGCGGCAGCAGUAGCCGGAGAUACGAGCCUUCGUCUCCGAGAUCCCGUGGUCGAGGGGGUGGGUCCGGGUAUUACGAUAACCGGUGGGAUAGAGGCCGAGGAGGACGUGGUAAUAUGAGACGGGACAUGUCAAGUCACAGACCCUGGCACAGAGGCGGCGGCGAAUAUGAAUAUUCUGAGGGCAGCGGUUAUCAUCAGAGAGGGCAUGUGCGCUACCGUGGGUCAUACGAAGGGGCUGGGUACGAGUCAGAUGAUUAUGAUCAAGAGCUUCGUGAUUACAACUACAGUCGGCAGCGAGAGAGGGAAAAAGAACAAGGACGACAGAGACACGAGAGGAGCGGACGGGACAGGGAUCGAGAAGAUGGAAACUACAGUGCAAAUGAACGAUUUUACCCUGAGAACCAAGAACGCUGGCGUGAAGAUAGGAGUAGCUCGGGCUCGUAUGAGGAAUCACGUGACCGGAAAGACGCUCGACCCCGGGAUUUUACCGACGAGCACGACCGAGAGAGGCCUGGUUACAGCGAAGACGACGACCGAGGGUCGUUGCACAGUAAACCGGCAAGUCGCGAUAUCGAGCAGGACGAGAAACGAGCCAAGAGAAAAGAGAAGAGGAGGAGAAAGCCUCGGUCGCCAACUCCUGAAGGUGAAGCUGCUGAGGACAAAGAAGCUCUCAGUGAUGGCGAGGAAACAGACGAGAGAAAAAUCCUGGACGAGAAAAAGCCGAGAAAAGGUAGAAGCGGCGAGGCUCAGAUUGUACCGAAGGGUAAAGAGGCGGAAACCGUCGAACGCGUUCGGGACGAUCGGCGGUUAGAAGGCAAUGGUACCAAAGAUGCAGACGUCUUGGUUAAAGACGGGGAGAAGGAACUUGCUCCAGCGUCUCCUCUGCCGGAAAAGGGAAUCAAAAAGAAGGAGAAAAAAGACGCAAAGAAACGUAGGAAACACAAACGUAUUCGAGGCUCGUUAGGUGAAGAGGAAGAAGAGCGGGAGCUAGAAGAGGAGACUGUGCGUAUGGAGGAAGCAGCGGGUAAGGAGGCAGCUGCUGACAUGGUGAUACCAGUCGAUAAACCACGAGUCAGUGUUGAUACUGACUCAGAGAGACUUGAAAACAGAGACAAUGAUGAAAAUAACAGGCUCGAUCGACCUGAAUUUGAAAAUCAGAAGCCUCCAAGACGACAUUCCUCCGAGGAAAGGCUGCCUAAAGAAGAACGAGAAUUUUCACGCGACGCUGGGAGUCGUUCUCCUCGUAAGCCACACAGGGACGAGCGGAGACGAGACUGGGAAAAGACGGAUGUUGUGAGGCCCAAACGGCGGCGGACAUCUGACGGUGAAUCACCGCCACCUCCCCCUCCUCCCCCUCCACCUCCCAGAGAGGCUGUAGAGGGCUUCCCUCCCGCGGACAUGUUACCAAGAGUAGCUCUACCACCAGACGGGCUCCCUACACAGAUGGUCAGGCCACCUUAUGACGUGACUCCAGCGCCGCCAGUACGUUACGAGCCGCAGCUUUACGAUGGAAACCGUGCCGUGCCCGUGGUAGCCUCUCCGGCCACACUCAGCCCCGUUCCUCCUGCCGGCAUACCUCUGAACCCUGCAGUGGUGGUUCCACCUAACGUUUCCACUCCCCCGCUAGCUGUUCACUCGCCGGGUGUCCCUAUCGGCGUGCCUGCCGUGCCAAGCUUGGCGUCUCCCCAGGGAUUACCCCCUCCUCCCCCACCACACCCAGAUUACAACACCCCACCCCCUGUCGCGCAGCAAUCAAACGCAGACACCCUCCUGGACCUGCUGCGCCGGUACCCAGUGGUCUGGCAAGGGCUGCUGGCCUUGAAGAACGAUUCUGCUGCAGUUCAGAUGCACUACUUGGCGGGCAACGGCCGCUUGGCAGAGGUAUCGCUACCUCAGGCCCCAGCCAACGGGAUAGGAAGCGUGCCCCCACCCAUUAGGAUCGCUCAGCGGAUGAAGCUGGAACCAUCUCAGCUGGAGGGUGUCAUCAGGAGAAUGCAAUCAGACAAAGAUCACUGUCUAUUACUCGCUCUCCCCUGUGGCCGAGAUCCUCUUGAUGUUCACGCGCAGACACGCGCGUUGAAGAGUGGCUUUAUCAACUACUUACAGCAAAAACAGGCAGCGGGAAUCAUCAAUGUGGCCAUACCUGGAAGCGCUCAGCCAAGUUAUGUUCUUCACAUCUUCCCGCCGUGCGAUUUCGCCCAGGAGCACUUGGCACGAGUCUCACCAGACCUCCUGGACAGCGCGGCCGACAGCGGCCACCUCAUGGUCGUAGUGGCUUCCGUGUAGAUGAACGAUUCCAAAACAAGAAUAGCUUGUUAUUGGAAAUAGAACGCACAAUCUCUUCUGGGUCGCGCGGAAUAGAAAAAUACCUGAGGCUAUUAUAAACCGGUGUGAACUAAGGAACCAAUUCUCUGUAAGUAAGAGAGGACUUAUUGACUAGAGAGGAGUGAUAUCGUCGCUCUGAUUGGCCAGAGCAGAGGCAGUGUUCCAGAAACAUCAUCGCGCCGGAACAGGAAGAACUCGCAAGUUUGUUACGUGACCCUUGGCGUAUUUCGUGUUCCUAAAAGACCCUACGAGGACUAAUGACUCUAGCUUCACUCCCUGAAAAGGGACCAGGAGUUAAUUUAAAAUUUCGUAAUUAAUACUGACAAAGCGAGUACAGUAAAUGUAGUAGAAUUGUCCGAAUACGACGCUACAGGUGAAUUUGUGAAAUAUUCAGACUAGUCCUUUCACUGGUCGAUUAAACACCUUUACCAUUACAUUCUUGUAGGCAGAAUCCUCCAAUAAUUUGUUCCACUGUCGUUUGGUGACCUUAUUGGUCCUUAGCACGUGAACUGCUCGUGAUAUACACGUGUUUUUCUACUGGAGUAGUUUCCCAGUCGAGAAGUGCCACGUGGCUAAAUUUGAUAGGGGCGACAGUAAUGUCUUAGCAGUGAAUUUUAUCACAAAUCAAACUGAACUGUAGUGAACUUUUUUUUUCUUUUUGCUACUUUCAAUUUCAUAGUUAAACAUAGAUGGGCUCGUUUUCAAACGUUUUGGACUUUCAUAUUGUGAUUCUUCGCAAAAACGUUUUAAGCUUAGUCUGUAAACCGUAUCAGAAUCGUAUCCUCUGGGUGAAAUAAUAUACUUAGAUAUUCGGAAGGACGGUUUUACUCAUUCGCAAUUGUUUUAUAUCGUCAGACAUUUCAUUGAGCUCCACAGGAAUUCAUGAACACGGCAUAGGCCUGUUUUCACAAUGAAGACAAUUUGCUGGUUAAGAUGCCGUAAAAUUACGAUAAUACCUCCCCCCCCCCCCUCCCCAAUCCCUUGUCACUGUAGAACUUGUUGGUUUGCUUUGCUAGCACAGCAUUUGUGUAGUGUUGAUAUAUUGUUCUCCUAGCUCGUAGAAGAAGCGGAUUAGCGGUGCAGAACGCGAAACGCGAUACACAAGCGAGAAGCGCGAGACGAAAAAUAUCCGAAUCGGCAAGCAAACGGUUGGAAGAGCAUAAGCAAUGUUUUCAAUUCCAGUUUCGCGCUCAUGUUCGCCCUCGUGUAACGCGUUUGGCGCUUUUCCCCGCUAAUCCGCCUGCUCUGCAGGCUAUCGUCAUCCCCGCUACCCGAUAAAAAGCCCAAGCGAAAAUAAUCCCCGACAAAGAGUUUUUGGUGAAUAAGUAAAGCCUAGGGCUUAUUAUCAACUUUGCGGUAACUAAACCCAUUGUGAAAAGAAAUUUGCAAAUAACAGAAUUUAAUGUAUAGAUGCAUCCACUAAGGAUAAAUGGUUUAGUCUGUGGAUGCUGCCAUCAUUUUAGAUAAAAUUAGCCCAGUCGAUCUUGUAGCUAUAUUUUAAAUUAUUGACAGUGAACCUCAAAGGAAUAAAACAAGAUCGCAGUGCA